UGUUGAGUUAAUUGCUCAUCUUCAGCAGAUGCAACUCAAUGUAAGCAAAGUCAAUGACAAGACAGACCUAAAAAAUGAGUUGAAGAAAAUUGCUUCAGACAAGGGCUUCAGAAUUAUUGACAAUGAAGGAUCAGGAAAUUGCAUGUUCUAUGCUUUGUCAGAUCAAAUGGAACUUGCUUUGAGAAUCCAAAUCAAGCAUGAUGAAUUAAGACAAACAUUGGUCCAGUACCUCAGAAAAAACCCUAAACUACCGAAUGGAACAAAUCUGUUUCACUUCGUUUAUGGACAUCAAUCAUGGGCUGAUUACUUAACGUACAUGGAGCAAGAUGGCGCUUGGGGUGACCAUGUUAUUCUAUGUGCCGCAGCAAACUGCUACAAAGCUUGCAUUCGUGCGGUCAGCAGUCUUAACGCUCCUCACGAUGUUAUCUUACGGCCACAAUGUCCUGUUGACAAAGGCAGGACACUUGUGUUGGGACACAUCCAUGAAGUACACUAUGUCAGCCUUCACUCCACACAAGUUCAAAUCCAGCAAGACCCAGAGAGUGAUGACAGCGAUGACAGUGAUGACGAGUCCAAAGAUCAAAGUGAGCAUGAGCAAAACGCAGAGCAGACUGAUCAUGAAGAGUCUGAACAGAGAGAUGAGACUGAACAGGAUGAAAAACCACAGGAUAACCACGGGGAUCGAUCAGAGAAGAAAGACGAACCAGAAAAACACGAAGAAGAAUUAGAAAACGACUUUAAAAGAUCUGAAGAACAACACCAGGAUGACAUGGAAGAUAAGCCUGACAAAAAAACGCAAGUAUCGGAGGACGACUACAAAGAAUCCGAGGACCAAAAUGAAGAUAACAUAGACCAUGAAGCUGGGGAAGACAAAUAGUUUAUUGUAAAUAAGGGUAUGUUGUAACAACCCUCUGUUUCCUCUAGAAAAUACUGAAGAACUUUGAUAUAUUGAGAUCUUUUCGUCAAUUUGGAGGACUAAUGACGAACAACCUCUCCUCAUCAUAUCUUGCACAAAUUGUUACUUUCUAAAAUUUCAUUUUUCUUUCCUUGCUAAACUACGUUAAGCGGUUUA